ACUCGCUCAACCGCUCAACACCCAAAGCAAAACUCUCUCUCUCUCUCUCUCACUCAUUGCGAUUCCGAAAUAAAUUACUCAACUAAAACAAAGAGAAAAAGAGAAACUAGGGUUAUUGUUUUCAUCGCCGCAGGAUCAGAUCGAGAAUCAUAUUUCUAGGGUUGAUUGAUUGAAGCUCGAAGUGGGUUCUUUCCUUCCCAUUGGAUUUCUGUGAUAAUUUUAUUAUUUGAGGAUUGAAUGAUCUAAUGGAGACUAAAGGUGGGAAAAAGAAGUCUAGCAGUAGUAAAUCCUUGUUUUAUGAAGCUCCCCUAGGUUACAGCAUUGAAGACGUUCGACCCGCUGGUGGAAUCAAGAAGUUCAGAUCUGCUGCUUAUUCCAACUGCGCGCGCAAGCCAUCCUGAGAUUCACCAAAUCGAGAAUAACUGCCAAAAGUGGCCAAGUCCUCAAUAUUUCUACAUUUGUUUUUGUUGCUUUUCUACUUUGCUCGUCUUCCUCUCGUCUCACUUUGCAACAGCGUCUCUUUCCCUUAAGGCAAGAUGGCCUUGUCAGUUUCUGCUAUUGGAUUUGAAGGAUAUGAAAAGAGACUUGAGAUAUCGUUCAUUGAACCUGGGAUCUUUUCUGACCCUGGAGGCAGGGGCCUCCGCUCUUUAUCCAAAUCGCAAUUGGAUGAAUUUUUAACUCUUGCUGAAUGCACCAUUGUCAGCUCACUGUCAAAUGAUGAAGUUGACUCUUAUGUCCUUUCUGAAUCUAGCCUGUUUGUGUACGCUUACAAAAUCAUCAUCAAAACUUGCGGGACUACAAAACUGCUACUCUCUAUCCCAUCCAUCUUGAAGUUUGCCGAUAUGCUCUCCCUUUCUGUGAAAUCUGUGAGGUACACUCGUGGAAGCUUUAUCUGUCCUGGGGCCCAGCCUUUUCCUCAUCGCAACUUCUCUGAAGAAGUAUCCGUCCUCGAUAGCCAUUUUGGAAGGCUUGGGUUUGGUAGCAAGGCUUACGUGAUGGGUGGUGAUGAUGAACCACAGAAAUGGCAUGUCUACGCUGCUUCGGCUGAAUCCACCAAUGAUUUGGACCCAGUUUACACUCUCGAAAUGUGUAUGACCACUUUGGACAAGGAUAAGGCAUCUGUCUUUUACAAGACCGACGGAAGCUCUGCUACUUCAAUGACUGAUAACUCUGGGAUCAGGAAGAUUCUUCCCAACUCUAAUAUUUGCGACUUUGAAUUCGAUCCUUGUGGCUACUCCAUGAAUGCUAUUGAGGGGAGCGCAGUUUCCACAAUUCAUGUCACCCCGGAAGAUGGAUUCAGUUACGCUAGUUUUGAAGCAGUGGGAUAUGAUUUGAAGGUUGUGAAUUUGAACAACUUGAUUGAGAGGGUGUUGGCUUGCUUCCAGCCGAAUGAGUUUUCUAUUGCUUUGAGCUCUGAUGCUGGCAAAGAACUUGGUUCUGGUGUGGAUCUGGAUUUGAAGGGAUAUUUCUGUGGAGAGAAGAGUCAUGAGGUGCUUGGAAAAGGAGGGUCUGUUGUUUACUACAGCUUUACCAAGUAUGGUGGCUGUGGAUCUCCUAGGUCAACUCUGCAUAGCUGUUGGAGUGAGAGCGACGAAGACGAGAAAGUUGAGAAGAAGUAGAAAUGAAUCAGAAAUAUUGUUGUCUUUCUCCAUUUUUUGCUUGAAUUUGUUUGUUAUUGUCUUUUCUUUCAUGAGUCGGAGCACAAUAAAUGGUAUUUUUGUCGCUCCAUUAGGCCCCCAUUAGUCCGUUAUUUCUUUAUUGGGUGUUGGUGCCCUAGUCGUCUUUAUUCGUGGACGACAGUUGUGGAAUCUGGUCUUGGAUCUGUAAUGGCUUUUCUGAUGGCUUUAAGGUGUUGAACCAUCAACUUAUUUCCCGAGGUGGUUAUACUAUUGUUCGCUUAUCAUA